GGCCUCAAGAACCGGAAGUCCCGCCUGUCUCGCGCUCUCUUUCCUCAGAAGCAGAAAAGCAACGCGGAGAAAGGAGUUGACCUGAGAGUACAGCCAUCACCAUGAGUCUCCUCAACAAGCCCAAGAGUGAAAUGACCCCAGAAGAGCUGCAAAAGCGGGAGGAAGAAGAAUUUAACACUGGUCCACUCUCUGUACUCACACAGUCCGUCAAGAACAACACUCAAGUGCUUAUCAAUUGUCGCAAUAACAAGAAACUCCUGGGCCGUGUGAAGGCCUUUGAUAGGCACUGCAACAUGGUGCUGGAGAAUGUGAAGGAGAUGUGGACUGAGGUCCCCAAGAGCGGCAAGGGGAAGAAGAAGUCCAAGCCAGUCAACAAGGACCGCUACAUCUCCAAGAUGUUCCUGCGCGGGGACUCGGUCAUUGUGGUCCUGCGGAACCCGCUUAUUGCUGGCAAGUAGGACUACCUUCCUGCCGACAUCUUGGUCCCCUGUCUUGUGAAGACCUGCUCGUUGUGAUGGCAAUAAUAAAGCUGUGUUUUUUUCUAGUGAAA